AUGGCGAACUCAUUUGUUGCCGUCGCCGGUGCCACCGGCGCCCUCGGCAAACUCGUUACCCAUGCCUUACUCAAGCGCGGCGUGGCCGUCAAGGCCCUCGUACGCCCAAACACUGCGCCAAACCGCACCAAUGAUCUCCGUGAUGCGGGCGCCACCAUUGUCCCUAUCGACUUAUCCAAUGUACAAGCCUUGACUCACGAGUUAGAAGGCAGCAAAUGCGUCGUGUCGACUCUCCAAGGCCUGAAAGAUGUUAUGCACACCACGCAAGGUAACUUACUGGAUGCCUCGGUAGCCGCCAAGGUACCGCGCUUUAUCCCAUCCGACUUCUCCCUCGACUUCACGAAGACAGCACCCGGCUCGAACCGCAAUCUGGAUAUCCACCGCGAAUUCCAUGAUCGGCUCAACAAGUCCGGCAUUGCCUGGACGAGCAUCCUCAAUGGCGGCUUCUUGGAUCUCAUGGCGGGCGAGUCUCCGUUGAUCAACCACAAAAGCCGGACGCUCCCAUAUGUAGGCCAGCCAGACCAGCUGCUCGAUUAUACUUCCAUGGUGGACACGGCCGCAUUUACUGCCGCCGUUGCCGCGGAUCCGAACCCUACGCCAAAGUUCCUUCGUAUUGCCAGCGUUACGGCCAGUGUACAGGAUAUCGCUGAUACCCUGACUACUAUCUAUGGUGUGCAGUAUACGCCUAGGUGGAUGGGAACUAUUUGGACUGCUCAGCUCAUGAUCUCUACAAUGCGACUAUUUGGCGGUGAAAAUGAAAUUUUCCCUGUCUGGCAGGGAAUGCAGUACAUGGUUAAUAUGAUGUCCGGAGAUGGGAAACUGGAGCCGUUGGAUAAUGAUCGUUACCCUGAUAUCGCUUGGGAUCGCCUGGAGGAUUUCUUGCGUAAGCAUAAGGUGCAAGCUUGA